AUGAAAAUUGGAGCUUUUGAUCACCAUGUAUGGCCAAUUAUUUGCAGCACCUUGUUGCUCAUGGUUUUUCUAGCAAAGUUCCUGCGGAAAAAAGUUAAGAAGAAUGUGAAGAAUAGGAAGUUUCAGUUACCUCCAGGAAGAAGAGGCUGGCCAAUAAUUGGUGAUAGCAUCAAAUGGUACAAUGCAGUUGCAAGUUCUCAUCCCCCUCAGUUUGUUGAAGAGCAGGUUCAAAGGUAUGGAAAAAUAUUCUCAUGUUAUCUAUUUGGAAAAAGGGCAGUGGUAUCAGCAGAUCCGAAAUUUAACCGGUUUGUGAUGCAAAAUGAAGGCAAACUAUUCCAGUCAAGUUAUCCAAAAUCUUUCCGAGAUUUGGUAGGGAAGAAUGGGGUAAUCACUGCACAAGGAGAGCAACAGAAGAAGCUCCACUCAAUAGCAUCUAACAUGAUGCGCUUGGAGAAACUCAAGUUCCAUUUCUUGCAGGACAUACAGAGAGUCAUAAAUCAAACCUUCAACAACUUGCAUGAUAAUCAAGUCAUUUGUCUCCAGGAUAUUUGCAGGAAGGUAGCCAUUAAUUUGAUGGUCAAUCAACUUCUUGGAGUAUCCAAUGAUUCAGAAGUCAAUGAGAUGGCUCAGUUGUUCUCUGAUUUUGUGGAUGGCUGUCUUUCAAUUCCAAUCAAUCUUCCAGGCUUUGCUUACCAUAUUGCUAUGAAGGCAAGGGAAAGUAUAAUAAGCAAAAUUAACAAGACAAUAGAGACUCAUAGGCAGCAACCUUCUUCAGGAGUUGGUAAUGGUGUGCUCCAGAGAAUACUAGAGGAAGAAAGCUUACCUGAUGAUGCAGUUGCUGACUUCAUAAUCAAUCUUUUAUUUGCGGGAAAUGAGACAACAGCCAAAACCAUGCUAUUUGCUGUUUAUUUUCUUAGUCAAUGUCCCAUGGCCAUGAGACAACUCCUGGUUGAACAAGAACGGCUGAAGACUGCAAGAAACAACUUUGGUGGAGAAAUGAUGCUUACAUGGCAAGAUUAUAAAGCAAUGCCCUUUACUCAAUGUGUAAUAGACGAAACUCUUCGGUUGGGAGGAAUUGCAAUUUGGUUGAUGAGAGAAGCCAAAGAAGAUAUUCGUUACCAAGAUUAUGAUAUUCCCAAAAGAUGCUUUGUCGUUCCAUUUCUCUCUGCAGUCCAUUUAAAUGAAACAGUUUAUGAAGAAGCUCUUAAUUUCAAACCUUGGAGAUGGAUGAUUCCAGAAAAUCAGGAAAAGAGGAAUUGGAGAAACAGUGCACUUUUUGCUCCCUUCGGUGGAGGCGCUCGCUUUUGUCCUGGCGCUGAAUUGGCUCGCCUUCAAAUAGCACUCUUUCUUCAUUACUUCAUCACUACAUUUAGGUGGAAUCAACUCAAGGAGGAUAGAAUGUCUUUCUUCCCAUCAGCUCGGUUGGUAAAUGGAUUUCAAAUUCAGUUGAGGAGAAUACCGGAUGAUGACAGAAAAUGA